AUGGUAUGCAAUCCGAAUCAAGGCAUCCGUGAAUUCAUCUUGAAUUUGCUCAUUCAAGCCCCAAAGUGUGACUUUGGAGACUUACUGGACAUGCAGUUGAGAGACCGGCUGAUCGCUGGCAUUAACAAUAGUGUUUUGCAAAAUGAACUUCUAAAGUUAUCCAAUCCGACGUUCAAAGAUGUGCAGGCCCAUUGUGAACAAGAUCAGGACAUUCGCGCCGCUACUUCAUCCAUGCCGUCGACCAUCGAAUCUAAAGCCAUGUUCAGUUCACUCAAAACUAAAUCCACGUAA